GCUUUUCAGGAUCCCGAACGCUACCGAAAACGUCACGGUGAAACUUUAUCUAUUCUAUUAGACCGUAAUAAUCAGACCAGAUUGUCGUCUGGAAUCGAUGACAUGACAAACGUCGUCUCGUCCCAAAACUGGAGAUCCAGUUGGAUUCUGAGGCAUAGUGAGCUGGCUUGAAGUUUACGAACAAGGUCAGCGGCGAUCCCGAGUCGGGUUUUUUCGCUUCUUCCGCCGUUCAUUUGGCGAUUCCCCACGAGAGAAUGGAGUUGCCGAGGGUCGAGCAGCUGAGGGAGUUCAUCGCCCUCUGCAGGUCGGACCCUUCUGUCCUCCAAGACCCUUCGCUUUUGUUCUUCCGGGAAUACCUCACCAGUUUGGGGGCUAAGCUUCCAUGGGACAGCUCCAAAUCGAGCUUCAUGGAACAGCAUUCUGAUGCAAAAAUGUCUUGUGGAAGUUCCAUAGAUGAUCCUGAUGAUGACAUAGUUGAGUCCGAUAUCGAGUUACAAGGUGAUGUUGUUGAACUUGACAAUGAUCCCCCACAAAAGAUGGGGGAUCCAUCUAUAGAGGUAACACAAGAGCACUGCGAUGCUGCUCAAAUAGCCAAGGCCAGAGCCAUGGUGGCGAUUUCAGAAGGCAGGUUGAUUGAGGCCAUUGACGAUCUUACAGAAGCAAUAUUACUGAAUCCAGGUUCUGCCAUCCUAUACGCUACUAGAGCUACCGUCUUUGUAAAACUAAGCAAGCCGAAUGCUGCCAUUCGAGAUGCUGAUGCAGCUUUGCAGAUUAAUCCUGAUUUAGCAAAAGGAUACAAAUCUCGAGGCAUGGCUAGGUCUAUGAUUGGUGAAUGGCAGGAAGCUGCCAAAGAUCUGAACCUUGCAUCAAAUUUGGACCAUGAUGAGGAAAUAAGUGCAAUGCUUAAAAAGGUUACCCCAAAUGCCCGCAAGAUUGAAGAACACAAAAGAAAAUAUGAAGGGUUGCUGAAGGAAAGGGAACGUAAGAAAGCUGAGGAGGCAACCAGAAAGGAAGCUACGGCUGCAUUAAAGGAUGGGACUGUUAUCGUCAUCCAAUCUGUCAAUGAGUUGGCUUCUAAGUUUUCUGCUGCUAAGGUUUUGUUGCGCCUAGUGGUUCUCUACUUCACUGCUGCAUGGUGCGGUCCCUGCCGAAUGAUAUCUCCUGUCUAUUCAGAGCUAGCCAGGAAGCAUCCUCAAGUGGCUUUUCUCAAGGUUGACAUUGAUCAACUCAGAGAAGCUGCAGCAGAGUACAAUAUAAACAGUGUUCCGACAUUCUUUUUCCUAAGAAAUGGUAAGGAGCUAGACAAGGUUGUUGGUGCUGAUAGGGGAGAGCUUGAAAGGAAGCUUGCGCUGCAUUCUGGCACUGCAUGAGGAUAUGCGUGCAGAAUGUUCACAACUUUGCUGUAUGCACGAAGUUUGUGAAUUUUGCUUGUACUCCUGUGUAUAUAUAUGUGAGAGCCUUUGUGUGUGUGUGUGUGUGUGCGUAGAUAUAUCAAAUUUCCCGUUGCUAAUGGUCUAGACAAUUUCUAGGAGCAGCAGGAAUAUAAAUAUAUUUAAUGUGAACGUUAUUGACUUGA